CAUAUGGAGAAAACAACACAACACAUGAUGAAGCCAAGUUUCCUAAUGUUGGCCAACUAUACUAAAUUACAAAAAUAUUGAGAUAGGGAGAACAUAAAACUCAAUGAAAACCAAAGAGACUCAUUGUUAAAAACAAUGCUCAAACAACUCCUUCUCUACUAGAUUUUUUGUUAGCUUUUUAGUUGGCCUGUCUAUUCAUUCAACAUAACCAAACCCUCUUUGAUCCUCCAACCUACCGUAGAGCAGAAAAGAAGAAAACCCAUUUAAAGAAAACUUGCAAAUUAAAAGGAGAAGCAAUUGCCUUGUUCACUAAGCUCAUUCACAACCCAAUCUCCCAUCUCCCUUCUCAAUGGAAGAUAACCCAAGAAUUCCCAUGGAAACUGCUGCAAAGAUCAUCAGAAGAUCAAUCUACACUUUCCUUCAAAACUAUCAAUUCUUCACCUCAGUUGCAGCUCUUCUUGCCUUCCCUUUUUCUGUCUCAAUUCUGCUCUCUCAAGCCUUAGUCCCCUCUUCAACAUAUCUCUUGCCAACGGUUUACAAUCGCUUGCAGAAUCUCUUCCUUGCUGCAGGAUUCCCACUGUCAUCAGAGUUCUUCACCAUUCUUAAUCUCAAGCUAUCUCAAACAAUCUCUUCAUCAAUCUUCACUCUUCCCUUCACCCUCACUUUCUUUCUUUUUGCAAAAGCAUCUGUCAUUCAAGCUCUUAAUCGCCAUAAACAAUCUUCGCCACCUUCUUGUAUUUCCAUUUUUAAUCCUCUCCUCUUCACCUAUGUCUGCAACUCCAUCUUGAUCAUCUCUGCGAAUGCAACAGCCUUCUGUCUUUUAUUCAUUUCUUUCAACUUUCUUGAAGGAUUUGGCUUCUCUUCGCGCAACAAUCUUCUCCUCCUUUCAGCGGCUGGAAUAGUUCUUUAUUCUGUUCUUCUUGCCAAUGCACUCAUAAUAAGCAAUUUUUCUUUGGUUUUAUCCGGCACAGAAAGAUCCAGCGGAUGCCUGGCGAUUCUCAAGGCCUGUGUAAUGAUUCGUGGAAGGACUGCAACAGCACUGGCGCUUGCCCUGCCUGUCAAUUUAGCACUGGCUGGGAUUGAGGCUCUGUUUCAAUACAGAAUUGUGAGAGCUUCUCAUAGAGGCCAGACACCUUCUUCUUUGAUGGCUCUUGAAGGGAUGUUAAUCGCAUACAUGUAUUCCAUCAUUCUUGUUCUUGAUACAAUUGCUACGUGCAUCUUCUUCAAAACCUGUAAGCAAAGUUCUUGCGUGGAUCAAGAAGGCAGGUACCCUUACAAGAUUGAAAUUGCAGGAGAAGAUAUUAAUGCUGGUCAUGUAAGCUUAAAGGUCUCGCACGAGCUUCCGUAAAUUAUACAGUGAGAGAGAUAUACAAGGACAGGAUCAAUUUUUUUUUUUUAGUCUUCUUUUUUUUUAUAGAAAAGAUUCAUGGAAAGUAGCUUUUUUCAAUAGCUUCAGGGAAAAUCAGGCUACUUCUUGGAAAAAUAAAGAUCCACAGGUGAGAUAAACUCAUCACCCAGAAGCAACAAGGGAAAAACAUACAGAAUUUGUCCAAUUUCCUUCUCUCCAAAUAUCCCAGUCAAUUUUCUUUUAUUUUCUUCCCCCCUCAACAUGUUCAUUUGUAUAUUGAAAGUGUUACAUUGCGAAUCAAUGAAAGCUUUUUUUCCCC